AUGAUACUCCGCUUCCAAAGCCGCAACGGCCAGUUCCGCCUCACCGUCGACGCCAAGGAUGAUUUCACCACUGUGUCCUCGCAGAUUGUCGAGAAGCUGCCUCCCAACACCGACCUUUCUACCGUCACCAUCUCGCCGAAGCCGCAGGAUAAGACGUCCGCGCGGAAGCUCGAGACUUUGAAGGGUGUGACCUUCGAACGCGUCGGACUCACUCACGGCUCUCAGGUGUACAUCGAUUACGAGGAGCAGAAGACCGCGACGAACGGACAUGCCGACGUCCCAACGACUGCCGCCCGCCUCAGCGGGAAGCCCAUCGCCGCUGCCGAUAUGCCCAGCGUGCCCAUCGGCGGCGCCGCGAAGCUCAUCAAGCGGCCGUGGGAGGUGAUCAAGCAGUCGCCGCUCGACGACCGGUUAGAUAAGCUCGACGGCAAAAUCACAAGGCCGAAGGACCAGAAGAUGUGCAGGCACGGCCCCAAGGGCAUGUGCGACUACUGCAUGCCGCUCGAGCCUUACGAUGUCGGGUACCUGGCCGAGAAGAAGAUCAAGCACCUGUCGUUCCACUCGUACCUCCGCAAGGUCAACGCCGGCAAGAACAAGCCCGAGUCCGGCAGCUCCUACAUGCCCCCGCUCAGCGAACCCUUCUACCGGGUGCGCGCGGAUUGCCCUUCGGGCCAUGCCCCGUGGCCCGAAGGCAUCUGUAGCAAGUGCCAGCCCAGCGCCAUCUCGCUGCAGCCACAGCAGUUCCGGAUGAUAGACCACGUCGAAUUUGCGUCUUCCGAUCUCAUCAAUACACUGUUGGACUUUUGGCGGAAUUCCGGAUGCCAGAGAUUAGGCUUCCUGUAUGGGACGUACCAAGAAUACACCGAGGUGCCUCUGGGUACCAAGGCCGUCGUGGAAGCGAUAUACGAGCCGCCUCAGGUGGGGGAAAUGGAUGGCAUCUCACUCAAUGACUGGGAGAACGAGAAGGAGGUUGACGAAGUCGCGAGGUUGUGUGGCUUGGAAAGAAUCGGUGUCAUCUUCACGGAUUUGCUGGACGCAGGCGCAGGUGAUGGAUCCGUCAUUUGCAAACGACAUGCGGAUUCCUACUUCCUCUCCUCGCUUGAGACGUGCUUCGCCGCGAGGUAUCAGGCGAAAUUUCCCCGGCCGUCCAAGUGGAGCGAGACUGGUCGCUUCGGCUCCAACUUCGUUACUUGCAUCGUGAGCGGGGAUGACGCGGGUCAGAUUGCCAUCUCGGCCUAUCAAGCAUCGAACGCGGCCGUGGAGAUGGUCAAAGCAGAUAUCGUCGAGCCAUCGGCGGACCCGACUGUUAUGUUGGUGCAGAACGAGGAGGAGGAGAACAAGCUUGGCCGCUCUCGCUACAUCCCCGAAGUCUUCUACCGGCGGGUAAACGAAUACGGGGCCAACGUGCAGGAGAACGCAAAGCCAGCCUUCCCGGUGGAGUAUCUCUUUGUCACACUUACUCACGGUUUCCCAACCAACCCCAACCCUAAGUUUGCAUCAACAGGAUUCCCUGUCGAGAACAGAGAGGUCUUGGGCGUCAGCCAGGAAGUCACGGCGCUUUCCAAGCAGUUGAAUGCCAAGGCAGGCGGUCCCCAACUCUCCGACCCCACGAGCAUCGGCAAGUUCGCCGACUUCCACCUCCUCAACUUCGUCCAUGGGUUGGGCAUUCUGAGCAAGGACGAGGAAGCAUUGCUGUGUCGGGUUGCCGCAGAGCACGAUGUAUCAGAGGGAUCGCAGCUUCAGCACACGCCAGGAUGGGCGACACUGAUGACGAUCCUCCAAGAGACUGGUGAGCAACCAUCCAAGCGCACGCAUUCUCAAUCCUUUGCCCCUUCUCCAUCGACUCCGUCUGGGCCGCCCACCAGCCGCAAGCGCAAGAUGGGUGCUGCGAACGGCACCGGUAGCGGUGGCAACGGCGGUGGUCAGUCUCAAUCCUCUUCAACGAGCAACCCGGCAUCCGACAGCGAACGACUUGCUAAGCGCAUCAAGGGCGUUAGCUUAACCAACAGCAAGUGA